UUGAGUCGAAGUUCAGCCCUUUCUCUCAAAAAUCAACGUCAGAACUUCUCUCUCUUAACAUUAAAAGGGAGUGGGAAUAAUUCUCAAUCUUAGCACGACCAACUCUCGCUAUAUAAGAGCUCUCUCUCCACCCUCGUGCAUUCGUAUAUUCUCCAUUUGUCUCUCUCGAUCUCGAUCGAGAUUGCUCCAAUGGGAAACCCUGAAGCAGAGUCUUCUAAUAUCCACCAAGACCAAGCAGGUAACAAUGUCCAAAUUCAGUAUAUGGUCCCGGUAUCGUACGAUGAUCAUAGCAACGGCCCGGCUUACUACCAUCCGAACCCGCAACUCGACCAGUCGUAUCAGGCCCUCCAAUCCGGCGACGACAACGGCCCGAAUCCACAAUACCAGCAAAACGACGCUGCAAAUAACCAGCAGCAGCAGCAACAGUUCCAACCACCUCCAAGAAGCAGCAGCGUUGGCCAUGUGCAGAACGCGCCGCCGCAAUUCAACCAGCUCUAUGCCGCAGCACCGCCGCCUCAGCCCAUGGCACAGUUCCCGCCUCAAAGCCCUCAAAUGAACCCAGCCUAUGCAAAUCAGGGGCCUUAUCCGCAGCAGCAGCAGCCAUCCUACCCUCCAACUGUGGCAACGCCCCAACAAUAUCCUCUUCCUCAACAGCAACCGCAACAUGCUCAACAGAGCGCAGCCCAGCCUUACCCUCCGAACUUGCCACCGACAAAGCCGUCUUUUCCUUCGCCGGCUUUUCAACAACAGCCAGCUACUCAGCCUGUGCAGUUCCAACCGCCGGCAGGGGGGGAAGUGCAGUACGCCACGGUGCCACCUCCACUUAUCAAGCAGGGAGUCCAGGGGAACAACGGCGCAGCGCAGGGCAUUCCAGUUCAGGCAAACAUGAUCGGCGCCGUCAACACUGAAGGUUGGAGCACGGGGCUGUUUGAUUGCAUGGACGACCCCAUGAACGCUGCUGUUACGUUCUUCUUCCCAUUCUUGACCUUCGGCCAAAUUGCAGAGAUCAUCGACGGCGGCACAACCUCUUGUGCGAUGGGUGGAUUGAUGUACGUGCUGGUCAGUGCCUUCACCGGGAUGCCGUGGAUCUACACGUGCACGUACCGAUCGAAGCUCAGGAGCAAGUUUGGGCUUGUGGAGUCGCCUGCGCAGGAUUGGAUCGUCCACUUCCUGUGCGAGCCCUGUGCUCUUUGCCAAGAGUACAGAGAACUUAACCGCCGAGGCUUGGACCCCUCCAUUGGAUGGUCGGGCAACGUUCAAAAACAACAUCAGAUGCAGCAGCAGCCACAGGUUGCUAUGAUGCCCCCGACGAAUCAAACAAUGAUGGCUUGAUGAGUCGUGAUGCUUUAAAUGCGUUCAUGUCCAAUAUUAUUGUGUCGUCUUUUGAGUUUUUUUUUUUUUAAGGUUGUCCUACCAAUAAAAAAAUGUUUCUAAAUCAAGGAUGUGGUGCUCUUCACAUUUUAAUAAUUUAAGGUAUGGUAUGCCGUUAUAAUGGAAUGGUUGAAUUAACCAA